AUGCAUGCGAGUAAGAGCGAGCACCAGGUGUGUGAGGAUCCAGGGACCAUUCCAGGAGAAGGGAUAAAACAAGAUGAACUUAUAAUAAUUAAUGGAGGAUCAUUUGGUAAGCGUAUACAGAAUAUCUUACUAACUCACAGUAUUAAUGUACGCCUUAUUACCACUUCUAAUUAUACAAGCACAAUCAACAGGUUAUACCUAUUACAAGUAUACGGCGUAUCCACGGCGAUUCAAAGGAAGCAGUACUAUUCAGACUACUCGAUUAGCACCACGGGCAGUACCACAGUCAACUGGGGCAAUAUCAAGGACAUAAUAAAAAAGAGAGUAGAUGAAGUAAGGAGAAGUAUAAAUCACACAGAAAACACGUACUCAGUUAAAGAAGUAAAUGAACACGUUUAUAUUAAUAAUAUAAAAUCACGAGCCCGUAAUAUUGUAUUAGUAGAUUAUACCACAGCCACGGAUACGGUCACAUUAGAUAAUAUAUGGGUUAAGUUAGUGAAUGACAUGGCGAGUAUCCCCAAAUCCGUAUUUAUAUCCGGUGGUAACAAGAAGUCAGUUGAGACUGCCUCAAUUUUAUCUGAUUUAGGCUGUAAAGUGUACGUAUCCACUGGGGAUGACGUAUUUUUAUCGUUAUAUGAGAAGAACAUACAAGAAUCCGUUAAGAAUUUACUAUUAGAGAAAGGGGUUACCGUAUUCUUCAAUUCUCAAGUUAUAAGUGUAAAUAAGACCACUUCCACUACAGUGACUGUUUCAGACGGGAGUAUCACACAGACACUGACUAAUUUAGAGUACUUUUUAUCAGAGAGUGAGUACUCCAUAACCCAGGACACUCCAAGCACACCCGGAAAUUCAAGGAUAACCCGUAUAACUGCCCCGUAUGCCUAUUUAAAGCAUGCAGAGAUCGAUUUACUAACACGAAUAUAUCCAGGCAUAUUCACAAUCCACGACAUUCCAGUACUUCAAGAUACGUUUAGACUAACUCCCAGUUUUAUAUACACGAACCCACCCGCUGCCUCCGUGGGGUGCACAGAAAUUGAAGCAAACAAGUCCCAGGCCCGUGUACGGGUUAUAAACCCUAAAUUCAGAGGGUUAUUCUAUUCCGUCUGUCAGAAUAAGUCCAUAACCGAUUAUAAGUUAAUAUUUACGUCUGAUAAUAAAGAAGUCCUUUCAGGGCUGCAUUUAUUCGGCCCCAGCAGUAUAGAUAUAAUUAAAGGGUUUUCAAUAGGGAUGUACUGUAAAUUAUCACCAGAAGAUAUUUUAAGCACCAUCCCCAUCCACCCCACAUCAUCAGAAGAAGUAAUAACAGGAUAAUUUCAUAAAUAUAUUAUAACGGUCAU